AGUGCCGCCAAAACCGUCAUCGUCGCAGUUUUCAAAACAUGUACGGGCAAAAAACUGACAGACAUGAACCUUAAACAGCUGAGCCGAUCUGAUUCAGUGCGAUUGAUCCUUUUCAGAGUGAAAAGCUAAAUAUAUGAGGAAAUUGUUGUUGUAGAAACGUCAUGGGAUACAUAGCUACCAUGUCUUACAUGUUUAUCAACUAACUUUAGAGCAGAGUUGAGCUGUUUUCCCAUCAAGGAUCUCUUCUUCAGGAUGGAGAAUGGAGUUGCACCCACUAAAGGAGAGGGCUUUCUCUCCAGGAUGGCCCUCAAUGACAACAAGGCUGGUAUGGAGGGUCUUGACAGGGACAAGAUCAACAAAAUCAUCAUGGAGUCAUCCAAGGGUUCGAGGUUUUAUGAGAAUGAGCUGAAGAGAGAGCAGCAGGUGAACCAGCGCAUUGAGAAAAUGAUGCUCCAGAAGGCACAGAUUACAGAACAGCAUUUAAAGAAAGCACACGCUCAGAUAGAGAGGAUGGCCACGGAGUUGGAGAGGAGACGUGAUCUCAACCGUGUGAUUGUCCAUGUGGACAUGGAUGCUUUCUACGCUGCUGUGGAGAUGAGAGACUGUCCUGAGCUGAAGGACAAACCCAUGGCUGUAGGAUCCAUGAGCAUGCUGUCAACAUCGAACUACCAUGCCAGGAAGUUCGGGGUCCGUGCCGCCAUGCCUGGCUUCAUUGCAAAAAAACUCUGCCCCAACUUAGUUAUUGUUCCAACCAACUUUGAUAAAUACAGAGCUGUGAGUGAUGAGAUCCGACAGAUUUUUGCAGACUAUGACCCUCACUUCCAGCCAUUGAGUCUGGAUGAAGCCUAUCUGGAUUUUACAGACCACCUGGAACAGAGGCAGGGCUGGCCAGAAUCCUCACGAACACAUCGUUUCCGCGCCAGCAGCGCCGCUACAGGUGAGGAGCAGAUUGAGGAGGCGGUGCCAGAGGAUAAAGACCUCUCUCCGGUUUUGUUUGAUGACAGCCCGACCUCCUCUCCCAGCUUCUCGGGCUCUGACGGUGCUGCAGGUGGUGCGUCUGAGGUGUUUGGGACGUCUGUUGAGGAAGCUGUGAGAGAGAUGCGCUUCCGCAUUGAGCAGAAGACCACGCUAACUGCCAGUGCAGGAAUUGCUCCAAACAUGAUGCUUGCCAAGGUGUGCAGUGACAAGAACAAGCCCAACGGUCAAUACAGACUCCCCUCCACCAGAGAGGCAGUCAUGGACUUCAUCCAGGAUCUCCCAGUCCGCAAAGUUUCUGGCAUAGGGAAGGUGACUGAGAAGAUGCUGAAUGCUCUGGACAUCACCUGCUGUUCUCAUCUUGGCCAGCAGAUGGCGUUGCUGUCGUUGUUGUUCUCGGAGACGGCCUGGCAUCACCUCAUGGAGGUUUCUCUGGGUCUGAGCUCUACACACAUACCUAGGCACGAAGAGCGAAAAAGCAUGAGCACAGAAAGGACAUUUAAAGAAAUGAGUAAAGCUGAGGAGCAGUUGUCUUUAUGCAGGGAGCUCUGUGAAGACUUGGCAAGAGACAUGGAGAAAGAAGAUCUAAAGGGUAAAACUGUAACACUGAAGCUGAAGAACGUGAACUUUGAGGUGAAAAACAGGGCAAUGUCACUGCCGUAUGCUGUUGCUACAGUGGAUGAGAUCUUUACUGUUGCUAAGGACCUACUGAAAACAGAAAUCGGCAAUGAAAGCCCCCAGCCACUCAGAUUGAGGCUCAUGGGUGUUAGAAUCUCAGCUUUCGUCAGUUCUGAUGAUAAAAAGCCACAGCAGAGGAGCAUCGUCGGGUUUCUUCAGGCAGGCAAGACCGACUCCAGAAGUUCAGCCCAGGGAAUGAAUGAAAAGCUUGAAAAAAAGCAUUCCUCUAAUCACUCCCUCCAAGCCAGGCCCCUUGCUUGUCCUCCCCCGGUGCAGAAGUGCCAAAGACAAGAAGGAGUUCCCUGGGGGAGUAAGCAGAGGGGGUUAGAGGGGGGCCAGACUAGCGAGGAACCAAAACAGUCUUUCUUCCAAAGGGCUCAAGCCAGAAGACUACAACUCCAGGCAGCGAAUGCAAGCACAAAAGAGGAAGAAUAUGGGGAGAACGCUUCUCUGAUCACUUCCACAGGCACUUCUGCUGAAGAGGGGGUAGAGUCACCAACAAAAGCACAAAAUAGUAAAUCUACAGCCUUAGAUAACUCAGAAAAUGACUUUGUCUCCCCCUUAGAGGCCCAUGCAUCCACAUCAGGCUGUGGCAGCUCGGCGCCAGAGAGCCUCACCUGUCCAGUGUGUUUCAUGCAGGUGAAAACAGCUGAUUUGAAUGUCUUUAACAGACAUAUAGACCAGUGUCUCAGUGACUCAUCUAGAAAGCCAAAGCAAUGCACUAUUUCUGACUCAGAGUCAGAUGUGGAGCUGGAGAGUGACCAGCAUGAAUGUGAAGUGGUGGACAAAUGGAGGAAAGAGUGUGAGGUUAAAGAGUUGGAGUUCAACAACAGUAAAGAGUGGAGCAGAGGUGAACCUCAGAGAGACCAACACAGGCUGGGAAACGACUCGCUGCAAACAGUCUUCUUAAGCAAUGGUGACAACAAAACUGUGACCUCGCAACAGCCUCAGUCAUGCAGCAAUAAAGGCCCCGUCCUCAUCUGCCCAGUAUGUCAGCUGACCCAGGACAGUGAUGACCUCACUGUCUUCAAUCACCAUGUUGACCUCUGUCUGAACCGGGAAGUCCUCCAUGAGCUGGGCGGGCAGACAUCCUCUCCCAGAGAUCCACCUUCAGUUACAAAUAGCAAGGCAGUAGACAGAAGCCGUCUCCUGCCAGCACAAGCAAGUAAAGGCAAAACCAAAAGACGGGACUCGCCUUCCUCUCCUCCUUCCAAAAAGCUUAAAGGCCUUGGUCCUCGCAACACCAUCGACAGGUUCUUCAGGUGACACGAAUAAGGUCGAUCGUCGCCUGGAGGAACUGAGAACAUUUUCUUUGGGAAAUGAAAACGUCUCCCCCCGGUCCUGUUCCACUGAGCAGGUUUUCAUUACACAUAAAGCCAUAUUAAAUUUUCUCUGCUAAAAUCUGUAGUUUAGAUCACUGAUAUAAGAAGCUUAGUAUUUGCACUAAUAUGCAUUAUUUGUUGUUUAUAAGCCAUAACAUAUACAAAGAAGUAAAAGAUGACAAAAGACAAAUUCUGUUUUCAUUCUGACAAAUGAGUAGAAAUAGAAAUUUCAUUGCAUAUUUAUUUUACUGUAUGCAAAGUGGAUCACAGGGAUAUUUAUUACAUUUUGUGUCUUCCUAUUUGUGUGUGUGUUUUCGUUAAGGUAUUUUAUUUAGAUAUUUUCUGUAAUUUUCAGUUGUAUUUAUUAUCUUUUCCAUAGAUAAUUCUGUAAUAAUGAAGAUAAGAGAAUCCUUCUAUCGUGUGAAUUGAAGUAAAUUAAAGUAAAGUAAGUUGAAAUAAAUUAAAUAUUCUGCUGAAA